UCGAGGGUCGAGGUACGCGGCCACAUCACUCCAGCGAGUCUCUUCAACCCUAGGAGCCGACCGACAUGAAGCCGUUCUGGGCACCUUUGGGUGUGUCCUUGAGCCUCUUCGUGGUGGUUCUGGCCAGACCGGACUCUCCUGGUCACCACCAUCAUCACCAUCGGCAACCCCAAUCCCCACCAGCAGAGGUCUCCUCGGGGUAUGCUUAUCCCGCACCAGCGGUGUCCUUCGAUGCGUCCGCAGGCAGUUCUCUUCGGCCACCCGGGUCCGCCGAGUCCCAGAGGCCUUCAGGGUAUGCCUUCCCGGUCCCUCUACAAUCCUUUAAUCCCUCAGGAGGGAAUGAUAUGACUCCUCCACCUGCCCCUGGCGAGUCCUCGGAAGAAACAGAAGAACCGUCAGGAUAUUCUUAUCCUGUACCAGAGAAGUCCUUCAACAUUUUAGGAUCAAGCAAUUUCGCUCCUCCAAGUGCUCCUGAAGAAUCAUCUGAAGAAUCCGACGAGCCAUCAGGAUAUUCUUAUCCUGUCCCAGAGAAGUCCUUUGACAUCCUAGGAUCAAGCAAUUUGGCCCCUCCAAGUGUCUCUGCUGAAUCUUCUGAAGAAUCCGAAGAACCAUCAGGAUAUUCUUAUCCUGUCCCAGAGAAGUCCUUCGACAUCCUAGGAUCAAGCAAUUUUUCCCCUCCUAGUGCUCCUGCUGAAUCUUCUGAAGAAUCCGAAGAACCAUCAGGAUAUUCUUAUCCUGUCCCAGAGAAGUCCUUCGACAUCCUAGGAUCAAGCAAUUUUUCCCCUCCUAGUGCUCCUGAUGAGUCUUCUGAAGAAUCCGAAGAACCAUCAGGAUAUUCUUAUCCUGUCCCAGAGAAGUCCUUCGACAUCCUAGGAUCAAGCAAUUUUUCCCCUCCUAGUGCUCCUGCUGAAACUUCUGAAGAAUCCGAAGAACCAUCAGGAUAUUCUUAUCCUGUCCCAGAGAAGUCCUUCGACAUCCUAGGAUCAAGCAAUUUUUCCCCACCUAGUGCUCCUGCUGAGUCUUCUGAAGAAUCCGACGAGCCAUCAGGAUAUUCUUAUCCUGUCCCAGAGAAGUCCUUCGACAUCCUAGGAUCAAGCAAUUUUUCCCCUCCUAGUGCUCCUGCUGAAACUUCUGAAGAAUCCGAAGAACCAUCAGGAUAUUCUUAUCCUGUCCCAGAGAAGUCCUUCGACAUCCUAGGAUCAAGCAAUUUUUCCCCUCCUAGUGCUCCUGCUGAAUCUUCUGAAGAAUCCGAAGAACCAUCAGGAUAUUCUUAUCCUGUCCCAGAGAAGUCCUUCGACAUCCUAGGAUCAAGCAAUUUUUCCCCUCCUAGUGCUCCUGCUGAGUCUUCUGAAGAAUCCGAAGAACCAUCAGGAUAUUCUUAUCCUGUCCCAGAGAAGUCCUUUGACAUCCUAGGAUCAAGCAAUUUUUCCCCUCCUAGUGCUCCUGCUGAGUCUUCUGAAGAAUCCGAAGAACCAUCAGGAUAUUCUUAUCCUGUCCCAGAGAAGUCCUUUGACAUCCUAGGAUCAAGCAAUUUUUCCCCUCCUAGUGCUCCUGCUGAAUCUUCUGAAGAAUCCGAAGAACCAUCAGGAUAUUCUUAUCCUGUCCCAGAGAAGUCCUUUGACAUCCUAGGAUCAAGCAAUUUUUCCCCUCCUAGUGCUCCUGCUGAGUCUUCUGAAGAAUCCGAAGAACCAUCAGGAUAUUCUUAUCCUGUCCCAGAGAAGUCCUUUGACAUCCUAGGAUCAAGCAAUUUUUCCCCUCCUAGUGCUCCUGCUGAGUCUUCUGAAGAAUCCGAAGAACCAUCAGGAUAUUCUUAUCCUGUCCCAGAGAAGUCUUUCGACAUCCUAGGAUCAAGCAAUUUUUCCCCUCCUAGUGCUCCUGCUGAAUCUUCUGAAGAAUCUGAUGAACUAUCAGGAUAUUCUUAUCCUGUCCCAGAGAAGUCUUUCGACAUCCUAGGAUCAAGCAAUUUUUCCCCUCCUAGUGCUCCUGCUGAAUCUUCUGAAGAAUCUGAUGAACUAUCAGGAUAUUCUUAUCCUGUCCCAGAGAAGUCCUUCGACAUCCUAGGAUCAAGCAAUUUGGCCCCUCCAAGUGUCUCUGGUGAUUCUUCUGAAGAAUCGUCAGGAUACUCAUAUCCGGUUCCAAAGAAGUCUUUUGAUACACUAGGAAGCGAUGACCUCUCUCCUCCGUCAGCACCAACCCGUCCAUCGACUACCCGGCUUCUCUCUCAGACGGCUGUGUCGAGAGCAUCGAGCUCAACCUAUUUCCCUCCCAAUUUGUCGGCAGAAAAACCAGUCUCAAGCUAUUUCCCUCCAAGAGAGUCUGCAAGAACACGACCCCUCCGUCCGAGGUUAAAUUCAUUAUCGCAGAGAAAGCCCAGUGUCCAGGAGCAAGGUCAGUCCUUGUACCAACCUCCGGCUCAGCAGUCCUCUGAGGAGGCUCAGGAAGACGCCACCCAGACCCCAUUAAGUGUAUUCGUUUCGGCAAUUCCUGUUCCUCAGCCUACGUACCUCGCCCCUGCUUCCUCACAGCCACGGCAACGUGUUCCUUCCUUUUUCCAAAUAGCGCAACCAGUACCUGUCACAUUGCAUGCACGAGCACAAACGUCAAGUCGAGCACAAGCAACAAGUCGAGCGCAAGCAACUAGCCGCUCUCGCGCAUCACUAUCAGCAAGUCGGGACCAGCAGGAGGAGUCCGAGGAGGAUUCCGAGGAGGAGGAGGAGGAGGAGUCUGCUGGUGGGGACAAGAGAGAGCAGGAGACGAGCAGCAGCAGCACCAACAGAGACUCUGCCGCUGUGGGAACUACACUCACACAAAGAUCUGGUGGCGGGGAGAGAGGCCGCGCCACCUACCAGCCGCCCCGUCCAUCCACGUCGACCAGGAAGCUCGCGGCAGGAGACUUCGACCCUCUGUCUCACUUCAAGAUUACCACCCACGACUUUUCUGAUGCCUUCAAAAGCAAGGUUUUUCUCAAGCUUGUGAAUGACCCAAGCGAAAGGACACAGAGACAGAGAGAAAAUGCGAGGCCCAGACAGUCGUACACCUUCCCCACCAACAAUCCUGAGGAGGAUAAAGGUUCUGAAGAGUCUUCAGGAAGUGUUGCUCGCCCUGUCCAACUUUACAGAGCUCCUACAACACAGAAGCCAAAGACAGAAAGCAGCGUGGAGACUGAGGCAAAGGCAUCUCGUCCCAGCCAAUUUUACAAGUUUCCUUCACAAGUGACUGAAGACGAAGAGGACUCUGACGAGGACGAGGACUCUGACGAGGAAGAAGAUAGCUCUGAUCAGUCUGAAAACGGUUCUGAUGAGUCUGAAAACAGUUCUGAUGAGUCCGAAAACGACGGCACUUUUGGCUAUAUAUACAGAGUACCCACCAGAAGGCUGCAAGAAGCACGGGAUUCUGAAGAGUCCGAAGGAAGUAACUCUCGAUACACUAACUUCUUCAACAUUCGGGCUGGAUCCAGCAAACAGAAGGAAGACUCUGAGGAAACUAGUAACAGUGGAUCGUCAUCUGGUUACUCAUAUAAUGCCCCUGCUCUAAGAUUUCAAGAAGGAAGGGAAGACAACGAAAAGCAACGUGCAGAAAAGAAAGAGUCAGAGAAAGUAGAAGAUGAAGAAAAAGAAGACGGCUCAGAAUCAGAAAAAGAAGAAGGCUCAGAAUCAGAAAAAGAAGAAUCAGAAAAUCUGAAAUCUGAAGAGCCGAAGGGAAGCUCCUCUCAAUUCACCAACUUCUUUACAAUACCAACUAGAGCGAAUACAAGAAAAGCAGUUUCUGAGGAAUCCCAGGCUAGUGCAUCCUUCUCCGGUUACUCUUUUGAUCCACCUGCAACGAAAUUCGAAGAGGGAAAGAAAGGAGAAGAUGAAGAAGGAGAAGAUAAAGAAGGAGAAGAUAAAGAAGAAGAAGAUAAAGAGAAAAAAGAAGAUUCGGACAGUUCAGAAAAAAGUGACGUGCGAACCACCAACUUCUUUAAAACUGCUUCUGAGGACUCUGAUGAGACUGAUACCAAGACCAGUCACUUCUUUGGAUUCCCAAGCAGACAGGCCAGUGAUACAAGUCAGUCCAAGAAAAGAUUUCCAACCAUUUAUAUCGGAGGAAAUCAAAACAAAGAGGGCAGUGAGGAGGAGGAGGAAACUGGAGAUGGUCAAGUCAGACAUCCUGUGUUUAUAGUCCUGAGGGAGCAUCCUAAUCGACGAGGCUCUUCUGGCAACACUGCUAACUUCUAUGGCAAGCGAGAUUCUGAAGAGGAUGAAACAUUGUUAUUCCUGCCAUAUAUAACCGAAGAUGAGGAUGAAGAUGAGCCUUUUGGGUACCUGCAGGUCCCAUCGUCGGUAGUGCCAGGUCUGGGACGCCUGACGAACCUUGAGCCAACACAACUGACAAAGGAUAUAUCUGGCUUCAUUACUGAUCUCGACAAUCAUGGUAGCACCCGAUUCCUCUCUUUCCUUUCACAGCAGGUGGCAAAGCUACAGGAGGAAAGCAGCAGCAGCGAAGAAAGUCAUGAAGAUGAUGAUGAAGCUGAAGACGAUGAAGAAUCUGAAGAUGAUGAAGAUGAGAAUGACAAUAAAGAUAGAGAAGAGGAAGAUAAGGCUAAUAUAGGUAGAGAAGAAGAAGAAGAGGAAGAGGAAAAGGAUGGUAAAAACCAGGCCAAAAACCCUCCAAAACCUCUUGUUUCCAGUCGGCAAGGUAUUCCAUCUCAUUUUAAGAUAUCCUCACCAGCAAAUCCCACACGAACCAGAGAUUACUUCGCAAGGAGAACUACAAGUUCAAGUCAAAGCUCUACUCAUCUUCGAACUCCUCAACCAAACCCUUUCACAAAGUCAUUAUCUAGUGUUUCAGCCGCGACCCAGAGACCACAGCCCCUUCAGGAUUCAUCGAGGUCUUUCUUUAACACAGGUUUCUUCAAAGGACAAUUAUCGAUUUCCAGCCAAAAGGAACAGACAGAAGUGAAAGUGCCAGCCUCUCGGGCUUCAGGAUAUACUGCACCAAGUCGAGGCUCUGGUGCCCCCAAAACACAUAUCCCCAAUGCUCUAUAUAGUGGAGGAAACAGAUUUAGUGGAUCUGCAUCCCAUUUACAGAUAGGCCAGCCAGUAUCUAUUUUCUAAUGCUGUGGAGAUAUACUUAUUCAUAGUUACAUAUAAGGGAAAUUUUCAAAACUAUUUUAAACAGAACUGCUUUUAAUUAAAAUAUAUUUCAGAAGACAAAAAUCUGGUGAGUUAUCUGAAGUCAGUGAUAUUAUGCAUUUAGGACACGAAAUGACUAUGAUCAGAGACAUUUUCUUUGAUUCUAGAUUCUUGAACAAUCCACUCCAGUAUUAUUUAUAAAACUACAUGUUAAUUUUCUCUGAGUUUUUAAGUUAAUUUAUGAUUUAAAAUAAGAAUUAAUUUAUUUUUAAUGGCAUAAUUAUUUAAGAGAGUCUAUUAAAAUAUAUAUGUAUUAAUAAUAUAUGGUCAAUGGUGGCAGCGGUGGGAUCCCAAUGUACAGUAACAUAACGUUUAUAUAUCCCGUGGUGUAAUAAAGCAGGAGGCUGCUUUAGAGUGCUAAUGGAGUACCUGAAUGCCACUUUUCUGAAAAAUGGUUGGAGAGACAUGAAAAUUACAGGAAAACAUAAAUAGCACAGGAUAAAAAGAAAUACUGAAAACACAUACAAUAUAUGAAGAAAAUCAUAAAUGAGCACUAGUUAAAAAAAAUUACAGUGUACAGGCAAACAUAAAACAUAAAAAAAUAAUAAAAAUCAUACAAAUUAAUACAAAAUAAAUAAAAAUAACAAAAUGCUGAACACAGUUUCUUAUACAAUACUGCCAUGUUACCACAAUUAAUUUUGCCAUUUUAAUAUCCAAAUAAUGAGCUUUCGACAAUACUACGUGAAAGACAUUAUGUUUACAUUGAUUUAAAAACAUGUGUUCUUCAUCUUUCUCACCAUCAUGAAUGAGAACAUCCACAGGAACCGUGAAGAGGAUUCGAACCAAUGCGCUGGUGCGUCAUAAAUCUAAUUCAAAUUUAUCCUUCAAAUCUUGAACAAAACUAAAUUAGUAGAUGUCCCAGACUUUGUUUAUUUUGCUGGCUUCAUUUUUCAAAACUUUGUAUCAUUUCUUUUUUAUUUAUGAAAUUUAAGCUUUGCAUCUCGUAUAUACUUCACUAGUCCCUAUUUUCAUUACGUAACUGAAGUAUAUCUUAAGUUUCAAUAUUUAACAUUAGUGCAUUUGGUAUAAGCUGUAUUCCUUAUCAUACACUCAUACAUAUGCUGUAUUUCUCGUCGUAAAUAAGCUGUAUUUCUUAUUUAACACACACAGACACAAGCUUUAUCUCUUAUCACAGCAGUAAACAGGUUCCUGAGAGUUAGGCAGUGGUUAUGGGCAGGUCAUCAGUAGUUGACCUUAGGGGACACACACGAUAAGUCUAAUGGGCUUCCUGUUCCCAACUAUGGGAAACCAUACACAAUCUGUAUUCCUUACCAUACACCCCAUACACAAGCUCUAAUCCUUAUCAUACAAUCAGACAGGUAAGAGAAAUAUGCCGAAUAUAACUUUAGGGUUAUUAAUUAUUUCUUUUUGCUGCUUUUUUUUUGUAAGUAUUUAUGUAUAUUUAUCUAUAUAGGAAUACCAUAUUAUGUCAUUGUCAAUAAAUGUACAUAGGAACA